AUGGCUUCAAAGAGGAUCCAGAAAGAGCUUAAGGACUUGCAGAAAGACCCUCCUGUGUCAUGUAGUGCUGGUCCCGUUGGCGAGGACAUGUUCCAUUGGCAAGCUACUAUUAUGGGACCUUCAGACAGCCCAUUUUCUGGGGGAGUGUUUCUUGUGACCAUUCACUUCCCACCAGAUUAUCCUUUCAAGCCGCCCAAGGUCUCUUUCAAAACCAAAGUUUUCCAUCCAAACAUCAACAGCAACGGCAGUAUUUGCCUUGAUAUCCUCAAAGAGCAAUGGAGUCCUGCCCUUACUAUAUCCAAGGUGCUGCUCUCGAUUUGCUCCUUGUUAACUGAUCCAAAUCCCGAUGAUCCUCUUGUACCUGAGAUUGCUCACAUGUACAAGACUGACAGAGCCAAGUAUGAGACUACUGCUCGGUCCUGGACUCAGAAAUACGCAAUGGGAUAG